CUGACAAUAUGUGGUAAAUUGUUCUUAUAGUUGGCAACACCGUUGGCCCAUUCAUUUUCCUCAGACUCCUCAGUCCUCACUUCAAUCCUCACUUCAGUAGUCAGUUGUCAAGUUUAUUUCGUUAGGGACGGUUAUAUUGUCUCUUACGAAUACGUUGUGUAUUUUGUAACAAUAAAUGUAAAAUAGUGUUCUAUUUUUAUGUGUAACAUAUAAUAUGAAAUAAACAAUUUCAUAAUUUUAAACUAUUUAUUUGAUGUAUCUUGUAUAAAAUGUAAAUAACAGUGUUGAAAGUGAAUAUUCUGCGUAUACCCAGGCGCCAGAAUGUCUGAUGAACUAGAAGCUCGGAUGUGGGAUGAGGGAAGCUCCAGAUAUGAGCCCAGGAGUCAUGGUACUUACUAUGAGUCGGCGUUUGCAUCCUCUGAACAUUUAGAUAGAGCCCCAUUAUUAUCAGAGGAGAGUUACACAGAAGUCCCGGUGGCGCCACCAAGCGAGACAGACGAGCACUGUCACUGGACGAGACCUGAACCCCCCAGUGCUGUACCCCAGCUGCUCUGUGCACUAAUACUAUGCGCUGUUUUCAUGAUAUGCGAGCUUGUCGGCGGUUACCUGGCUGGCAGUCUGUCGGUGAUGAGCGACGCCGCUCACAUGUUGAGCGAUUGUGGAGGCUUCGCGCUGGCGCUACUCGCUUUCCGCUGCGCGUCGAGGGAACCGACAGCGAGCAUGUCUUAUGGGUAUCGGAGAGCUGAGGUCCUGGGCGCGAUGGCAUCCGUCCUUCUAAUAUGGGCGUUAACGGGCAUAUUCGUGUAUGUAGCGGCCCUACGUGUGCGCUCCGGUGACUAUGACAUCGAGCCGGAUAUGAUGAUGUUGGUGUCCGGGUGUGGGGUCGGUUUUAACGUCGUGCUGGCUCUGGUACUGCACGGCUGUGCUUCGGAUAUAGCUCAUCACCACUCUCACGGUGGCGCGGCUUGUUCCCACUCCCAUGAGCGUCGCUUCCCUCUUUUCCGGAGGCAGAAACAAGCAAAUGGUACCAUCGCUAAUGGAGACUAUAGCAUGAAGGACCUCGCCAGCACUGAGGCACAUGUCACCAGCUCCACUGCCAGGAAUAUAAACCUACGAGCAGCUUUGAUCCAUGUGAUCGGUGACCUCAUACAAAGCUGUGGUGUGCUUCUCGCCGCAGUACUUAUUAAAAUUUAUCCGGAAGCGAAGGUGAUCGACCCCAUUUGCACAUUCGUGUUCAGUGUGCUCGUGUUGCUAACGUCGGCGCGCGUCGUGCGAGACGCUCUAACUAUGCUUAUGCAAGGAGUUCCCGCUAAUUUCAAGUAUCGGGAGUGCGUGGCUGCAUUGUCUGCUUUGAAUGGCGUGCGUCACGUGCACUCAGUUCACGCGUGGGCUUUGUCGACCCACCACACUGUUUUAACUGCACAUAUUGCUAUUGACGAGCUGACCGACUGGGAGGCGGUCCUUCAGGGCUGCCAGCAGCUGGCUCGCAGUCAGUUCGGAGUGGCCAGCGCGGCCUUCCAGCUGGAGCGCUACUGCAGCGCCAUGUCCGCGUGCCGCCGCUGCCGCCAGCCCGCCGCCGCGCCCUGACCCCUGCGCACGCUGAGCCGCUAGCCGGAUAUGGAACAAAGCGGCUGAGCGACACGACCAGACAUACAAAUAGAAAAAUGAUAACUCAAAUAACGUGAAUCGAAGGUGAGACUUGCAUUAUAAAAAAGGGAACGAAAAACUGGAUUCAAAAUAUUAAAUAACACAUAACUUGGAUAUGAAAAGACUUUAUGUGGGUGUCGUUCGACAAUUGUUAUGUGGUUUAAAGAUCGGUUCCUAUAUUCAGAAAACGAUUCGUUUUUCCGUUAAGAUAAAAUAUUUUCGAAAACACUAAACGACGACGUCAAUAGAAGAAAUAAUUGUGUUUGCAGGCAAACGAAAAAAAUCG